GCCUCCACCGAGUGCAGAGCCAGUUGACCAUCAUUCCGGCCGAGUUGUUCCCUCACUGUAAGCCAUCUCCUUCGCCACUAGGACGUGAACGGUGAACCAGUCACACCAUGCAUUAAGUCCACCAGCAAGUAGCAGACCUUCAAAUACAACCACACCUCCAUCGAAAUUUCUUCACCAGCUAUUCUCCAAGAAGACGACAAUUCCGCUACUUGAUCAUCUGACCUCUUCAGAUUCAACCACUCACUGAUUGGUAAUCAGAGCUAAUUCCUUGCCUUUGCCUUUGCCUUUGCCUUUGCUUGCUUCUAUAUAUGUCGCCCGGCAGAAGCGGCUCCUGCGAAGCGGUUGGUCUUUCAUGUUGAACGUCUACUGUGCCUUUGCCAUGCCACUCAUGCGUGACUCUUAUUUUGAACACUGAAUUCAGGGAUCAACUGAAGAUGGUACAGAAGCAGUUCUCCUUCUAACAAAAGAAAAAAACCAGAAGGUGACAAAAGAAUCAAGGAGGGACUGGUUUUAAACUCCCAAUUUGAAGAUGGAGAAGGAGAACCACAUCAAUGGUUCAUUUGAGAUAGAGGACUAUAAGGAUUCAAAGAAGGAGGAGAGGGAAGGUGGUGGCAAUGGGGGGUUGAACAACACAAUCCCAUUCUAUAAGCUGUUCUCUUUUGCAGAUUCACUGGAUGUGAUGUUGAUGGUGAUAGGCACAGUCGGGGCCCUUGGCAAUGGCAUGGGGAUGCCCCUCCUGUCCAUGCUUUUUGGGGACCUCAUUGACUCUUUCGGCAAAGCAGACCAACACAAUGUUCUGCACAUGGUGACGAAGGUGUGCCUGAAGUUCUUUUAUUUGGGUCUCGGUUGUGCAGCAGCUGCAUUUUUACAGGUGGCUUGCUGGAUGAUAGCAGGAGAGAGACAAGCAGCCAGAAUCAGGAGCUUGUACCUGAACAACAUACUCAGGCAGGACAUUGCAUUCUUCGACAUGGAAACGACGACCGGAGAAGUGAUCGGAAGAAUGACUGCGGACACCAUCCUCAUCCAAGACGCCAUUGGUGAAAAGGUUGGGAAGUUUGUGCAGCUCAUCUCCACAUUCCUUGGCGGUUUCUUGAUAGCCUUCACGAAAGGAUGGCUACUUUCUCUCAUUAUGCUCUCUGGAAUUCCUCCAGUAGUCCUUGAUGGAGUGAUCCUUGCUUGGGUAAUUUCCAAGAUAUCUAGCCAUGGACAAAAAGCAUAUCAUGAAGUCAGCACCAUUGUAGGCCAAACAGUGGGAUCUAUCAGAAUGGUGGCAUCUUUUACGGGAGAGAAGCAGGCUAUAGCCAAAUACAACGAGAGACUAAAACCUGCAUAUAAGGCUACCAUUUAUGAAGGGGCGGCUGCAGGCAUAGGACUUGGAUCUAUUUUGCUUAUCAUAUUUGCUAGCUAUGGGCUUGCUGUGUUCUAUGGUGCCAGACUGAUCAUUCAUAAGGGUUACACUGGUGGACAAGUGGUCAGUGUGAUGGUGGCCAUUAUGAAUGGAGGAACAGCUCUUGGCCAAGCAUCCCCAUGCAUGACUGCUUUUGCAGCAGGGAAAGCAGCAGCAUACAAAAUGUUUGAGACAAUAGAAAGGAAACCAGAGAUAGAUACACAUGAUAAGAGCGGCAUUGUUUUGGAUGACAUAAGAGGAGAUAUAGAACUGAAAGAUGUCCAUUUCAGUUACCCAGCAAGGCCUGAUGUUCUCAUUUUUUCUGGGCUUUCACUUCAAGUGCCAAGUGGUGAGACAGUCGCUCUGGUUGGUGGCAGUGGUAGCGGGAAGUCCACCGUGAUCAGCUUGGUACAGAGGUUCUAUGAUCCUCAAGUCGGUCAGGUAUUCAUAGAUGGGGUCGAUUUGAAGAAGCUGAAACUUAGUUGGAUCAGAGAGAAAAUUGGUCUUGUCAGCCAAGAACCUGUUCUGUUCACAACAACUAUAAGAGAGAACAUUGCAUAUGGAAAAGCGGGUGCUACAUUUGAAGAAAUCAGGACAGCAGCUGAGCUUGCAAAUGCUGCAAAGUUCAUAGAUAGGAUGCCAGAGGGUCUUGACACAAUGGUUGGUGAACAUGGAACACAAUUAUCUGGAGGACAAAAACAGAGGAUUGCAAUUGCAAGGGCCAUCUUAAAAAACCCAAGGAUUCUUCUUCUAGAUGAAGCAACAAGUGCACUGGAUGCAGAGUCCGAGAAGAUGGUGCAAGAAGCCCUGACAAAAAUUAUGGUAGGCAGGUCCACAAUUGUUAUUGCGCACCGCUUAACCACCAUAAGAAAUGCUGACAUGAUAGUAGUGAUGCACCGUGGAGAAAUUGUAGAGAAAGGUUCCCAUGCAGAGCUGAUUAAGGAUCCUGAUGGUGCAUACUCGCAGCUUAUACGAAUGCAGGAAAUAAGUCAAGUCAAAGAAGAAGUUGUUGCUGAUGCUGAUGAGGUUGGUGCCAACUUUGAUGCCAACAGUGCCCCAAGUAGAUCCGAAAGUAUGAGAUUCGGAUUGAACAGAUCCAUAAGCAGAGGAUCCUCACUGGGAUGUAGUAGCAGGCACUCCUUCCCAAUUUCCUUGGGUUUGCCUGGAGCUCUGAGUAUUCACCAUGCGGGUCCAGUCUAUGAUAAUGAUGUAGGCAUUGUCUAUGAGAAAACCAAUGAGCAUGUAUCGCUCUCACGACUAGGUCGACUGAACAAGCCAGAGCUUCCAGUUUUGCUAUUAGGUUGUUUCGCUGCAGCUAUCAAUGGAAUCAUAUUCCCCUUACUUGGGGUCGUAAUGUCAAGUAUCAUAAAGACAUUCUUUGAACCACCCCAUUUGCUUCGGAGAGAUGCAAACUUUUGGGCACUAAUGUUUGUGGGACUGGGACUUCUGGCUCAGAUUGUUAGCCCAACACAGAUGUAUCUAUUUGCAGUAGCAGGUGGCAAGUUAGUGAGGCGCGUCCGAGCUCUUACAUUUGAACAUGUAGUACACCAAGAAAUGUCUUGGUUUGAUGAACCAAUAAACUCAAGUGGAGCAAUUGGUGCAAGAUUGUCGGCAGAUGCAGCAACUUUGAGAAGCCUUGUUGGAGAUGCAUUGUCACUGGUGGUGCAAAAUAUUUCAACCAUCAUCGCAGGGCUUUUGAUUGCAUUCAUAGCCAACUGGGAACUUGCACUUAUAAUUCUGGGAUUGAUUCCUAUGAUUGGCUUGCAGAGCUUUUUCCAAGUUAAAUUUUUGGAUGGAUUCAGUGCAGAUGCUAAGAAAAUGUAUGAGGAAGCAAGUCAGGUGGCCAAUGACGCAGUUGGUAGCAUCCGAACAGUCGCGUCAUUCUGCGCCGAAGAAAGAGUGAUGGAGCUGUACAGGAAAAAAUGUGAGACGCCAAAGAAGAAUGGGAUUAGGCUUGGAAUUGUCAGUGGCCUUGGAUUCGGCUUUUCCUUCUUUGCACUCUAUUGUGCAUAUUCACUUAGCUUUUACGCAGGCGCUCGACUUGUACAGGACGGCAAGACUGAUCCAAGCAAGGUUUUCAGGGUUUUCCUCGCUUUGACAAUGACGGCCAUGGGGGUCUCAUUUUCAAGUGCAGUUGCCCCUGAUUUGGCAAAGGCAAAGGCUUCUGCUGCAUCAAUCUUUUCAAUUCUUGACAGAAAAUCAAAAAUUGAUCCCAGCGACAAUUCAGGCCUUACACUUCCGACUGUUAAAGGAAACAUCGACUUCCAGCAUGUUAGUUUCAAGUACCCAACUCGGCCGAAUGUUCAGAUCUUUAGGGACUUAUGCUUGAGCAUCCCCUCUGGAAAGACGGUGGCGCUGGUUGGGGAGAGCGGCAGCGGGAAGUCGACAGUCAUAUCUCUGCUGGAGAGGUUUUACGAACCAGACGCCGGCCGCAUCCUCGUCGACGGCAUCGAAAUCCACCGUUUCCAGCUGCGGUGGCUUCGCCAGCAGAUGGGUCUCGUCAGCCAAGAGCCCGUCCUCUUCAAUGACAGCAUCCGCGCCAACAUCGCCUACGGCAAGCCCGGGUCCGUAACCGAGGAGGAGAUCGUGGCCGCCGCCCGUGCCGCUAAUGCCCAUGGCUUCAUCUCGGCGCUGCCUCACGGCUAUGACACGCCCGUUGGGGAGCGCGGGGUGCAGCUCUCCGGCGGUCAGAAGCAGCGGAUAGCCAUCGCCCGGGCCAUCAUCAAGGACCCCAAGAUCCUCCUCCUCGACGAGGCCACCUCCGCACUGGACACCGAGUCGGAGCGCAUCGUCCAGGAGGCUCUGGACGGGGUGAUGGUGAGCAGGUCCACCAUCGCCAUUGCCCACCGUCUCUCGACCAUCAGCGGCGCCGACGUCAUCGCCGUUGUCAAGAACGGCGCCGUCGCUGAGCAGGGCACCCACGAGACGCUCAUCGGCGUCAAAGGCGGGCUGUACGCCUCGUUGGUGGCGCUCCACAGCGGCUCCCCUUAGGCGUUUGCCUUCUCUUUUUUCCUUGUCAUAAGGACACGGCCGCACACGAUAUGCUCGUAAGGGGCAAAGGACCCCCGAGCAUCGUGUAUGUUGAUAUUACUCUAUGAUAGUAGUUUUAUUUUUCUGUAUCAUGAACAAACUCUCAGCUUUAAAGGGCACUUUAUCUAA